AUGACGGCCUGGUCUAUGGUAGGGAAGUUAAAAAUGGAGAAGAGGAACUCCAGAGAAGACAGAAAUGUGGAACAAGAUGCUGGGGAAUGCAGUGCUGAAUCUGAGGAAUGGACGAGCUCAGAAAGUGAACCUGAGCAACCAUACUUCAGAACCAGCUGUAGCCACACUCAGUGGAGAGAAAAGGAGGUUUCCACCAAACCACAUCGGCCGCUCUGUCGGUCCCCUUGUUUGGAUCGCCCAAGUUUUUCACAGAGCAGUAUCACCCAAGACUUGAAGCUAGAUGAAUGCAAAGCAAAUUUGGACAAAGAAUACCAAGCUAAAAUGGAUUUUGCUUUAAAGCUUGGAUAUGCAGGAGAUCAGAUCCAGGCUGUACUGAAUAAACUGGGAGCAGAUGCCCUCAUCAAUGAUGUUCUGGCAGAGCUGGUGAGACUUGGUAACAAGAGUGAACCCGAGGGACAGAGCAGUGCCAGCGGUACCAUUAGCACUCUGGUGCCAAGAGGCCCUUGCACAAAGGAAAUAGCAAGCCCUGAAUUGUCACUUGAAGAUGAAGUUGUGGAUAACAGUGAUAACUUGAGGCCAAUUGUCAUUGAUGGAAGCAAUGUGGCUAUGAGCCAUGGGAAUAAAGAAGGAUUUUCCUGCCGGGGAAUUCAGCUAGCUGUUGAUUGGUUUCUGGAAAAAGGACACAAAGAUAUCACUGUGUUUGUGCCUGCAUGGAGAAAAGAACAGUCUCGACCUGAUGCACCAAUUACAGAUCAAGAAAUCUUACGUAAAUUGGAGAAAGAAAAAAUCCUUGUUUUCACUCCAUCUCGAAGAGUUCAGGGAAGGAGAGUGGUUUGCUAUGAUGAUCGGUUCAUAGUAAAACUUGCCUUUGACUCAGAUGGCAUCAUCGUAUCAAAUGACAACUACCGGGAUCUUCAAAAUGAAAAACCAGAAUGGAAGAAGUUCAUCGAGGAGCGGCUGCUCAUGUAUUCUUUUGUGAAUGACAAGUUUAUGCCUCCUGAUGAUCCUUUAGGACGCCAUGGGCCAAGCCUUGAAAAUUUCUUAAGGAAAAGGCCAGUUAUUCCUGAGCAUAAGAAACAACCGUGUCCUUAUGGUAAAAAGUGCACCUAUGGGCACAAAUGUAAAUAUUACCACCCAGAACGGGCAAACCAGCCUCAAAGGUCAGUAGCGGAUGAGCUUCGAAUAAGUGCCAAAUUAUCUGCUGUGAAAACUAUGAGUGAGGGAGCCCUGGCCAAAUGUGGCACAGGGCCAUCCAGCUCCAAAGGAGAAAUCAGUUCUGAAGUGAAACGCAUUGCCCCAAAACGUCAGUCAGAUCCAAGCAUUAGAUCAGUAGCUGUGGAGCCUGAGGAAAAGUUCUCAGUAGCCCGGAAGUUCGAGGCCAGCUCUGUCCCGUCACUGGUUUCUGCGUUAAGUGUUCCAACGCUCCCUCCUCCAAAAAGCCAUGCAGCUGGGGCAUUAAAUACUCGUUCUGCAAGCAGCCCGGUGCCAGGUUCCUCACAGUUCAUACAUCAGAAAUCUUCACUGGAGCAUAUGUCCAGUGUGCAAUAUCCUCCUAUACUAGUCACCAAUAGCCAUGGCACCUCAGUUAGCUAUACUGACCAGUAUCCCAAAUACGAGUCCUUGGGGGACCAUGGCUAUUACUCCUUACUCAGUGAUUUCUCCAACUUGAGCAUAAGUAGUAUCCGUAACACAGAUUAUUACGGGGCUGAUGUGGACCAGGGUAUAUAUUCUAGAAACUCAAGCCCCUGUCCUGACAAUUGCUUAAGCCAUUCAAGUAAUGAUUCUUAUUCCUCUUACAAUGACUUGUACCUGGGUGUAGCAGAUGCCAGUCCAGAAGACAAUGUGAAGAUCCACAGACUGCCACCGCAAAAUCGUCUGCAGCCUUUUUCCCAUGGGUACCAUGAAGCCUUAAGUAGAGUUCAGAGUUACGGAGCUGAGGAGCCUAAGCAAGCCCUUCGCAAACAGUCAGUUUCCCACUUAGGCCUACAUGCCCAGCAUGCAGUUGUUGGAGCACGAUCCAGUUGUCCAGCAGAAUACCCUGUGCCUCAAAAUGUUCACCCAUCAACUUCCCAGCCAAGCCGUGCCUUGGUGAUGACAAGAAUGGACAGUAUUUCUGACUCGCGGCUUUAUGAAAGUAACCCUGGGAGGCAGAGGAGGCCACCCCUGUGCCGGGAGCAGCACGCCAGCUGGGACCCAUUGCCUUGUGCAUCAGACUCUUACACUUACCACUCAUAUCCACUGAGUAACAACCUCAUGCAGCCGUGUUACGAACCUGUAAUGGUAAGAAGCAUGCCUGAGAAGAUGGAGCAGCUCUGGAGGAACCCCUGGAUCGGGAUAUGUGGUGAGCCACAGGAACCACAUAUCAUCCCAGAACAUCAGUAUCAAACAUACAAGAACCUUUGCAAUAUUUUCCCUCCGAGCAUUGUCCUUUCAGUGAUGGAAAAGAAUCCCCACAUGACAGAUGCACAACAGCUGGCAGCUAUGAUUGUUGCCAAAUUAAGAACAGGGCGUUGA